UUCUCCAAGCACACUUUUUGGAGCCGCUACUUGCGUCAAGGGGCUCUUCUUCAGCGGUCUCUCGAUCGAGCCCCCCUCGCUUGUCUUUUUUUUUUCUCACACACUGUCGCUCUGAAGUGCAGCAAAAUGGUAGCGAACAGGCUGCAUUCGUGUCUCAAGUGGACUUUGGCCAUCGUCGGCGUCGUCUCUCUCACGAUGAACAUCGUCUUCCUCUGCAUGAGCUCCGAAAAGGCGCCCAGAUGCGCCGUCAAGCCUCUCUUCCCGCCGAAAGGGAAGCACGACGCACGCAGCAUGGUGUUCGCCGACCUGACCCGCGAUGAGUACACGCAGGUGCGGGACUUCAUGCUCGGACAGAAGAGUCUGGACUUAACCAACGACGCGUUGGCCAAACCGUCGCAGAACUUUCUGUUUCUCAUAGAGCUGUCGCUACCCAAGAAGAAAGACGCGCUGGGUUACCUUGACCAGAAUAGUACCAAGCCCUCGCGGGAGGCGACGGUCGUGGUGUUCCACGGCGCGAACGGUCAGAUCAUAGAGUACGUGGUGGGCCCCCUCCCCAACCCAACAAACUUCACAGACGUCACGCAGAAGAGGUACAACAAGACGCUGCCCAUCAGUGCGCGCACGGUGACCAUCGGGGAGUACGCGUUGCUCUUUAAGUUUACCCGCGCGCAGGUAUACUCCAAACUCCCUAAACUUCUGAAGGAAAGCUUCGACGUGGACAAGGACAAAACUAUCAAUGAGUUCGAGCAGAUGCCCCGCGGGGUGAAAUCCGGCGACAGGAUCACCUGGAUCUCCUUCUUCAGGGACAUGAGUGGCAUGUACAUCCACCCGGUGGGGCUGGAGGUCCAGGUCAAACACCAGAGCCUGAACGAGUCGGAAUGGACCGUCGAACGCGUGCUUUAUAACGGUCAGUACUUCAACACGGUGGAGGACCUCCGAGAGCAAUACGAGGCUGGCAACGUGAGCAAAAUCGUUUACAAGGAAACACCCGACUACGGCUCCCUGAAGCCCAAGGUCCGACCCCUGCAGGUGCCGCCCUUGCAGUACUACCCCGAGGGGAAGCGCUUCAGCGUGGAGAACAAUCAAGUCCUCUACCUGGACUGGAGCUUCGCCUUCGGCCUGAGCUCCCUCACGGGCAUGCGUGCGUUCGACGUGCGCUUCAAGGGCGAGCGGAUCGUGUACGAGCUGAGCGUGCAGGAGGCCAUGUCGGUGUACGGUUCCGUCACGCCGGGCAUGGCGCUCACCAAGUUCCUGGACUCCAGCAUCGGCAUUGGCCGCUUCGCCCACGAGCUCGCGCGGGGGGUCGACUGCCCCUACGACGCCACCUACAUCACCACGCACCGCUACAUCGACGUGUCGGCGCCCGUGCGCUACAAGAACUCCAUCUGCGUGUUCGAGCACAACACGGGACAGCCCCUGCGCAGGCACUUCUCCGACUUCUUCAGCAACAGCUACGGCGGGCUGGUGAACAGCGCCCUGGUGUUCAGGACCAUCACGGCCAUCGGCAACUACGACUACAUGUGGGACUUCGUGUUCUACCAGAACGGCGCGCUGGAGGCCAAGGUGCACGCCACCGGCUACAUGUCCACGUCCUACCUGGUGAAGGGCAGUAACAAAUACGGCCACCAGGUGGCGGACAAGGUCCUGGGGAACAUUCACACCCACUUUGUCAACUUCAAAGUGGACAUGGAUGUGUUGGGAGUGAAAAAUGUGUUCCUGACCAAAGACAUGAAGUACACCAACGUGUCGAUGCCUUGGAACCCGAGCCAUCACGCCAUGGUUCCUCAACUGGUGGAGGAACAACUCAAAACGGAAAAGGCCGCGGCUCUGCGCUACGGCACCGUGACGCCGCGCUACCUCCACGUCGCCAGCAGGGCGCUGAACCGCUGGGGCCACGAGCGCUCCUACCGGCUCCAGGUCACCACCUUCGCCGGGGACCCCCUCCCAGAGAGCGCGCCGGAGGAGAAGGCCAUGUCGUGGUCGAGAUACAAGGUGGCUAUCACCAAGCACAAAGACGCGGAGCAGACCAGCAGCAGUCUGUACAGUCAGAACGACAUCUGGAGCCCCGCGGUGGACUUCAGCAAGUACAUCGCGGACAACGAGAGCAUCGACAACGAGGAUCUGGUGGCCUGGAUCACCACGGGCUUCCUCCACAUCCCGCACGCGGAGGACGUCCCCAACACGGUGACGGUGGGGAACGGCGGCGGGGUCCUCCUGCGGCCGCACAACUACUUUGACGUGGACCCGUCCAGCGAGUCGCCCGACGCCGUGUACAUCAAGCCCCAGUCGGAGCAGAGCUGCGACACCAACCGCAUGGCCUGCCUGGCUCAGGACAGCUGCAGCCCCGUCCGGGAACCCUUCACCUACAACGGCUUCGAAGGAGUCCUGAAGUUUGACUAGUUCGGGUCGACCCGUUUGGGGGGGAAAAGGGUUUCGGGAAUCAGAGUUUGCAGGUUGUACUUUUGCAUACAUCUGGACUUUUUCCUAUGAAAAAAAACAAACGAACGUGUCUAAACGGUGACAUUUUAAACCAACGGGUGCGAGUGUGAUCAGCGGUUAAACGCACGUUUAGAAAAUCUGCCUCUUCUGACAUCAAAAGUGGGCGUGUCCACCUAGAAGUAUGACGGAGAGAUGAGCCACGUUUGCUGAAGUCCACCGAGUUUGCUGGUACACUGAUCUACCCAGCGCCAGGUGCAUAUUGCACCUGGCGGUGUAAUAUGUCACCUUUAACCGAACACCAGAAAAUUCUAUGCUUACCAGCGAUCGGACCAGGUCCUGAUUCAUCAUCAUAUUCAUAUCCCGUCCAGUUUUUUGAUGUUUUUUUUAAUACAUAUUCGAGUAUCACCUUUGUAGUAACCCCCGUUGUGAUUGUAUGAGACUUCUCUCAGCCUCAGUCGUAUCCAAGCACCUUGGGGCAGCAGCGUCUGCUAUAAAAGCUAAAUGUUCUUCCACACAUGCACCUUUACCCACUCGCUGGUCUACUUAAAUACCCAGCCUUCUAUUAACUACUACAUUUAGAGGGAUGCUGUUCAGGAGAGAUGAGGCUUGAUGUUGAGUUGCAUUGGAUAAAA